AGAUAGGUAACACUACAGUGGUAUGGGGUACACUAAAGAUCAACUCGUUUUGGACCAACACUGAGUUUAUCUGCAUAGCCAUUGGCGCGGGUGUGUUCCUUAUUAUCAUCGUAUUUUUCGGCUGCAUUAUCAAAUGUCGUCGCAAAGGCAACAGUUAUAGCCCUGACGACAGUAUUCCGCUUGAAAUGGGGACAACUGGUAAAACCAAACAAAAAAUCUGUACAACAAUAAAUCCAAUUGCUGUAAUUCAACCUCAGUCAGCCGAGGUACAUACAAAGACGUCGAAGGAAAUUGCAGAUGAUUUUUGCAAGCGUUUAUUACACCACGUUGAGAAAGUCGUGAACAGUUCUAUAAUAGAAAGAAGUAACAUAGACCCUGGAAAAAUAUGCACGCACAAAGGAAAGAAGAUACGUGUUAUAAGCGGACAGUACAAUGCAUCCACAUCGUCACCAUAUUCUGGAGCCUUACAAUCAAAACUUUAAUUGAUAGAUAUCCAGAGAAAGGCGAUCUGCCAGAAUGGCUGAAUACUGGUUUACUCGAGUGCACCAGGCUUCAAGAUUUUGCCAAUGACAAUGUCCUUAGAAUGAAGGGAAUCGCGAUUGAUACAAAAAAUUUCUACAUUAUUUAUCCGGCAAUGGCGAACAAGACUCUUAAAGAUUACCUGAUUUCAGAGCCGCUGAAUGCAGAAAAGAAGUUGGAGAUAUGUAUUCGUGUCUGUGAGGGCAUGAACUAUCUGAGUUCACAAAGCAUUGUACAUAAAGACCUUGCUGCGAGAAAUUGCUGGGUAUCACGAGAUUUUGAGGUGAAGAUAAGUGAUGCCUCGUUUAGCUACGAUUUAUACCCGGAUGAAUAUUUACAUAGCAACGGUCGCUAUCAGCCAGUACGGUGGAUGUCCCCGGAGAGUUUACGUCAAGGUUUCUAUGACGCAAAAUCUGAUGUUUGGACCUACGGGGUUGUCAUUUGGGAAGUUUUUGCUAAUGGAUUCCUGCCGUACUAUGACAUCACCGACAAUGCGAUGAUAAAAAGCAAAGUGUGUGACGAGCACUGCAGACUUGGUAAACCUGAGGAUUGCGAUGAAGCCGUGUUUCAAAUUAUAUGCGAUUGCCAAAAAGACAAAUUGGAGGAUCGUCCAAACUUCUUCAUUAUUCAAAACAUGUUCGACCAUAUUCUUAAUCCUGGUGCCUCAUUGGUCCAAUACGCAAAUCAACAAGAAUUGGCCGGACACGAGACAGGAAUGGAAGAUUAUGAGAAUCUUAGCAUAGUCCCUCCUCCACGACCACCAAAAGGUCAUAGACCAUAAAAGUGAUAUUCGAGAUCUGAAUAAAUAUUAACCCAAAGAUGUUUUAAUAUUAUUUGUUAACAUUCUUUGCACGUGGAAUCUCUGUGAUAUUAUAUGAAUUAUUAUUGAAGAAUAUUCUAGUUCUACUGUACAAGCAAUAAACGUGUGUAUAUUAAGAAAAUGAAGAAUUUGGGAAUUAUAAGAAAAUACGUUCUGUAAGCGCACAUGGUUUAUGACGACUGUUCCGUAAGCGCGCCUGGUUUAGGACGGGCGUGUCGUUAGUGCUUCUGAUUGAGGGCGGCAUUCCGUGAAUGCCUGUCACGCAGAUCUGCACUUUGACCCAUAAGUCCGCCCAUAUUCCAAAUAGUGCCCAUCCUUUUUUUAAUUAUUGUGUUAAAUAAGCUUGCAUACAGUUAAACAAGUAUUUAUACUUCUUUAUAAAUCAAUGGUGACCAAGAUGACCAUUUGGAAGCCUUUUUUCAAACAAAAUUUAAAAAAAAGAGACACAACUUUUAGACUUGCAAGAAAUGCGAAUACCUCUGUUUGUGUCAUUAUUUAGUCAUUUACUUCAAAAUUCGUUUAACGAAAACAUGUGAAACUCAGGUAUCAUGAGGUAUGUAGUUGUGUCGUCUGCAAUUAACCUACAUAAUUUCUUAAAUGGACUUGCCCCUCCUUCAUUUUUGGAACAGUCUUUUACCAAAUUAGGGGAACACUAGAUGAAUUUCGAAAGACUGCACGAGUCUGCAGGCUAACCUGGGCCCUAUACUGGUGGUAAAUUAUUUAUUAUUUUCAGUUCCAGCUAGUUGAGGGUAAUCGUUAGAAAACUUUAUCAGAUGUAUUGCAACUAACAUGUUAUUUCAGAUUUAUCCAAUGCACUGUUUUCUGACACAUAUUGUAUAUAUUUAUUUCAUGAUUAUUAGAUGUUUUAAAUCCCUUUGUGUAAAAUAAUUCGGAUAGACUAAUUCGUAUUUAGCAUUUUAGAAUAUGUAUUAUAAUUUUUGAUAUAUAGUAUUCUUUUUAUUAAAACAACUGCUUUCACAAAUUUUGUAUAUAUUUGUUAACAAUAAAAAAUGAUAAAUU